CCCUAACCGACGUCACCCACGACUGAUAACACACUGACACAACUUCUGAUAAUGUUUUGAGUGAGCAACGGACUUGUACCGCCACAAACAAAGACGUCUCUGUCUCAAAUGGCCACCAUUGUCUUCUGCUCUGUGAACAAAACGGCUCAGAGCACCGUGCGACGAUGUUCGAUGUCACAUUUAAAGAGGCUCGCCAGUUCGGCGGCGUCACACUUGACGUUGUCCCCCAGUAGCAGCAAGCCGCUGACUCUCCUUCCGGGUUCAAGAUGGCUUUCCAGGGGCUGCGGCGUACGGUUUGUGUCCCAGGGGACCGCAGGCAGAGCCGCCGGCGGGCGGACCAGGAAGGGAGCCCUGGCGCUCAGCGGAGCGGCGGCACUCACAGCGGCCGUGGCGGGUUUUCUAGCCAACGCUGACCACUUCCAGCGCGCCGACAUGGCCACGAAGGUGCCCCGAGCCGCCGCGGAGAAGGAGCGGGAGCAGGAGGGGGACAUCUCGCAGAGGUGCCGGGGGUUCAUGUCUCCUCCGGUGACCGACAUCGGUGUGCUGCAGGGGAGGAGCGGGGAGAUGCGCACGAGGAUGGAGAUGCUGAUCAUGGAGACGCAGGCCGACUUCUGCAACGCCCUGCAGGAGGUGGACGGCGGGACGUUCAAGGUGGACCGGUGGCAGAGAAAUGAAGGUGGCGGAGGGAUCAGCUGUGUGAUGCAAGAUGGAAAGGUGUUUGAGAAGGCCGGAGUCAACGUGUCCGUGGUGUUUGGAAACCUGACUGAGGAGGCUGCCAGGCAGAUGAGGAGCAGAGGGAAAGUCCUCAAAGGGAAAGACGGUAAGCUGCCGUUCUGUGCCAUGGGCGUGAGCUCCGUCAUCCACCCCAAGAACCCCCACAUCCCCACCGUGCACUUCAACUACAGAUACUUUGAGAUCGAGGAGGAAGAUGGCACCAAGCAGUGGUGGUUUGGUGGCGGCACGGACCUGACUCCGAUUUACGUUAGCAAAGAAGACGCCUCUCACUUCCACAACACCCUGAAGGAGGCCUGUGACAAGCACCACCCGCAGUACUACCCCGACUUCAAGAAAUGGUGCGACCGAUACUUCUACAUCCGGCACAGAGGAGAGACUCGGGGCAUCGGAGGGAUCUUCUUCGAUGACCUGGACUCCCCAAGUCAGGAGGAAGCGUUCGACUUCGUCAAGAGCUGUGCGCGCACGGUGGUGCCGUGUUACCUGCCCAUCGUGCGCAAACACCUCAAUGACUCCUUUACUGACGAGGAGAAGGCCUGGCAGCAGGUACGACGAGGAAGAUACGUGGAGUUCAACCUGGUGUAUGACAGGGGAGUGAAGUUUGGAUUGGCCACGCCAGGCUCCAGAAUUGAGAGCAUUCUCAUGUCCCUCCCCCUCACCGCCAGGUGGGAGUACAUGCACGAGCCCGCCAAAGGCACCCUCGAGGCCGAGAUGCUGGAAGUAUUACGAAACCCCAAGGAGUGGGUGUGAGCGCGGUGUUCACGGGUUCAAGUGGACAAAAACAUCCAGGAAACCGUCUCUGUCCUAAGUGAUAAUACAGGGAACUUGCUUGAUAUGUUUUGUUUGAACUCAAUGGUACUUUUCUGUUUCCCAGCAUCCAUGAAUACACUGAAUCACAAAGGGAUAGCGUUACUACCGCUGGCCACAGGCUGUGAGGUCAUCCCCCUACCCCCCCCUGAUGAUGCUUCCUUUCAUCCGGUGUUUGUGUCAAACACCAGCUGUAGUUUCUGUUCUAUGCCUGUGCUAAAUGUGGCUCUCCUUCAGCAGUGAGAGGUAAAGUAGGGGAAACUGAGCUGGUAUCAAAUGUUAAUAAAUCUUUCCGUUUCAUUGCAUGUCUUUAAGGUAAUGGGUUAUUUUUUACAAUAAAACCUAUAUUCUAACGGACAAUAAUGAA